CCCGGCUGAGAGCCCAGAGGCACAGAGCCUCGGGGACUCUCGCCGCUCAGAGCACAGAAGAGGGACAAGACGUCGCAGCCAUGUUGGAGGUACUGGGCUCCCUGGCGGCGGCCCUCUGGGCGGCUGUCCGUCCUGGCACUCUCCUCCUGGGGGCUGCCGCUUUUCUCUUCAUUGCUGAUUUCCUCAAAAGGCGGCGUCCAAAAAACUUCCCGCCAGGGCCUGCGGGCCUGCCCUUUGUAGGCAACUCGCUCCAGCUGAACCCUGAGAAGGUGCACCUGACGCUUCAGCAGUUUGUGAAGAAAUAUGGGAAUGUUUUUAGCUUGGAUUUUGGUACAUCUCCUUCUAUUCUUGUAACUGGAUUACCCUUAAUUAAAGAAGCACUUGUCCACCAAGGCCAAAACUUUUCCAGCCGCCCCAUAAUGCCUCUCCAAGAGCAUAUCUUUAACAAUAAAGGCUUGAUCAUGUCCAGUGGCCACAUAUGGAAGGAACAAAGAAGGUUUGCCCUGACAACUCUUAGGAACUUUGGUUUAGGAAAGAAGAGCUUAGAGGAACGCAUUCAGGAGGAGGCCUCCUACCUCAUCCAGACGAUAAGAGAGGAGAAUGGACAGCCUUUCGACCCUCACUUCACAAUCAACAAUGCCGUUUCCAAUAUUAUUUGCUCCAUCACCUUCGGGGAGCGGUUUGAUUACCAGGAUGAUCAGUUCCAGGAGCUCCUGAGGCUGCUGGACGAGGUCUUAAAUCUGCACACAUCAGUGUGCUGCCAGCUCUACAAUGUCUUUCCAAGGAUAAUGAAUUUCCUUCCGGGUCCCCACCAAACCCUCUUUAGUAAUUUGGAGAAACUGAAAAUGUUUGUUGCCAAAAUGAUUGAAAACCACAAGAGAGACUGGAAUCCUGCUGAAGCAAGAGACUUCAUUGAUGCUUAUCUCCAGGAAAUAGAAAAGCAUAAGGGUGAUGCUGCUUCAAGUUUCCGUGAAGAAAACCUCAUCUACAACACCCUGGACCUCUUCUUUGCUGGAACAGAGACAACUUCAACCACUCUGCGCUGGGGGCUGCUCUACAUGGCCCUGAACCCCGAAAUCCAAGAAAAAGUCCAAGCUGAGAUUGACAGGGUGCUUGGCCAAUCACAACAGCCAAGCACAGCCGCGCGAGAGUCCAUGCCCUACACCAACGCUGUCAUCCACGAGGUGCUGCGAAUGGGGAACAUCAUCCCUCUGAACGUGCCCCGGGAGGUGGCAGUGGACACCACCCUGGCCAGAUACCACCUGCCCAAGGGCACCGUGGUCGUGACCAACCUGACUGCACUGCACAGGGACCCCGCAGAGUGGGCCACCCCUGACACCUUCAAUCCAGAGCAUUUCUUGGAAAAUGGACAGUUUAAGAAAAGGGAAUCCUUUCUGCCUUUUUCAAUAGGAAAGCGGAUGUGCCUUGGAGAACAGUUGGCCAGAACUGAGUUGUUUAUUUUCUUUACUUCACUUCUACAAAAAUUUACCUUCAGGCCUCCCGAGAAUGAAAAGUUGAGCCUGAAGUUCAGAGUGAGCUUGACCCUUGCCCCAGUCAGCCACCAGCUCUGUGCUGUUCCUCGGGGCUGAAGAUAUUGGGGUGGGGGUGUGAAGGAAAGCAGGAAGAAUGAGCUUUCCCACACCAGCCCAAGGCAGGGCACCUGCUCAGAAGUGAGGGGACAGCAUCCAGUGCCUCUAGCUACAUCACAGGAACUAGACUCAGAGGAAACUGGAACCAAACCCCAGCUUUGCCAUCUCUAGUGAGGCCUUGAGCAAAUCAGUUAUGUUGUGAGUGAUUUCAUUUUCAUUCAGAAGAUUCAAGAUGGACAAUGAUUCCAUCUCUAAAGGAAAAGCUACUAUAAAGAUCAGAAGAAAUAAUGGACUUUAAGUGGCUUGGAAACCAUAAAGCACAUCAUAAAAGUCAUACCUGUGAUCUGCCUCCUCCCUACUUCCUUCCUUAGCUAGGUUUUGCUUCUGGUCUGUUGAGAUGGCCUGGGUCAAAGAGGUGCCACAUGGUAGAUAAGAGUUAGAAGUUGGGCCUGGGACAGCCAUGGAGGUCAGCCAGAAAGGCCCUCACACUUGGUAGCCCUGGGCAAGCUUAUCCUGCUUCUCCCUCAGACUGACCCCUGGGAAGUAGCAGGGAAGGUGGAUUCCUGAUUUGUCGGCAGGUUUCUACGGAGAAACAGUUUAUCUGGUUUAUCUAAGGAAACACUACCUUGGACACCGGAGCCAAGAAGAAUGUCACCACAAUAACCAAACAUGGAAAUCAGGGUAGGGGAAACAAAUGUGGAAAUAUUUGCUGCCAUUACUGUGCCUCCUUACCUUAAAUCCUCUUAUGCAUUUACUCCAAGCCCCAUGACUGGUGUUAACAACAUGGUGGUUGUGAUCUUUUUGUAUAUAUUGAUUGUCAGCUUUUGAUU